AAAUAAGGCUCAGCCUCCAGCAAGGUACAACCUUUCCAACAUGAGGUGGAUACUGCUCUUUGGUGCCCUUCUGGGGCCCAGCUACGGCCGGGAAAAGUUUGUUGGUGACCAGGUUCUUCAGAUUAAAGUCCAGAAUGAAGACCAGAUCAGCAAAAUGAAUCAGUUAAUGACAGAGGAGGAUUUCAAGCUUGAUUUCUGGAAACACCCCUCGGCCCUUCAGAGGCCUGUGGAUGUCCUUGUCCCCUAUGCCAGUCUGCAACAAGUCAAAUCCUUCCUGAAGUCACACGAUCUGGAAUACUCAAUCACAAUCAAAGACUUGCAGGAUCUUUUGGACCUUGAAGAUGAGGAGAUGCGAAACAGUGAAGGAGAAGAACGGAGUAAUGGUGACUUCAACUAUGGCUCCUAUCACACCUUGGAAUCGAUUUACCAGGAGAUGAGCAACAUGGAGGCAGAGUGCCCUGAGCUUGUAAGCAGAAAUCAGAUCGGACAGUCUUUUGAAAAGCGGCCCUUGUACGUGCUAAAGUUCAGCACGGGGAAAGCCAAACGGCCUGCCAUUUGGCUCAACGCUGGAAUCCACUCCCGGGAAUGGAUCUCUCACGCUACGGCAAUAUGGAUGGCGAGGAAGAUCCUAUCUGAUUAUGGAAGGGAUCCAUCCAUCACAACGCUCUUGGACACCAUGGACAUUUUCCUCAUACCUGUGGCUAAUCCUGAUGGAUAUGUGUACACCCACACCAAAAAUCGUCUCUGGAGGAAGACCCGAUCCCAAAUCCAAGGAAGUAAAUGUGUUGGCGUAGACCCUAACCGGAAUUGGAACGCGAGUUUCUCAGGGAAAGGAUCCAGCGACAAUCCCUGUUCCGAAAUCUACCACGGCCCCCGGCCCAAUUCUGAAGUUGAAGUGAAGUCAGUGGUGGACUUCAUCAAGAGCCACGGGAAUUUUAAAAGCUUCAUUGACAUUCACAGCUAUUCCCAGCUCUUGAUGUAUCCUUACGGGUAUAAGUGCAGCGAACCGGCCGAUUACGCAGAACUGGAUAAGGUGGCAAAAGAAGCAACAGGAGCCCUGGCCUCCCUGUCUGGCACUCAAUACCACGUGGGACCCAUCUGCAAAACUGUCUACCAGGCAAGUGGCAACAGUGUCGACUGGGCAUAUGAAAACGGCAUCAAAUACUCCUUCACUUUUGAGCUGCGAGACACUGGCCACUACGGCUUCCUGUUGCCUGCCAGCCAGAUCAUCCCCACGGCCGAGGAGACCUGGCUAGGGCUAAAGAAGAUUUUGGAGCAUGUGCAAGGAAAUCUGUAUUAGGAAGAGGGCUUGGGGGAAAGCCUCAU